CUCCGACCGUGUUUCGCCUCUACUUCUCAUCCCAAGCUGACACGACCCUCCACCGACCGUAACGAAUCUGUGAUAAUCGACGUCCCAGCAUUCUUAGUGUUGUGCCGUCAGUAGCCCGGCCUUUUACCUACUACCUGUCAGGAGUGCCCGCGCGCCUGCCGAACCCAGAUAACAACGUCAUCGAAGAAGGCCUGUGAUCCACCACAUUUCACGAUGAUUGAAGGUCAACGUCGCCGACUCUUACGCACCCUCAACAGCCGUUGCAUCUACGGUAGCAUCCCUCUUCUCAACGCCAUAGUUUUCCUAAUCGAGAUGGCAUUCAUUUCAAUCCUCACACGCAAGUUCAACACAUACUAUGCCAACCGGCCAGUGCUCACAACGAUGAUUACCAACGCUAUAUUGGGUGGUGUUGCGGACACAGUAGCUCAGACUCUGACGUCAGUCCGGGAACGUGCAGUGCGCAAGCCCGGAGGGGUCAAGGAAGACGAUUUGAUUGCUAUCGAGAUUCACGAGCUUGACAAGAAGGAUCCAUUCCACAGGGACGAACUCAUUCCGGCGUCCAAGCAGCUACCACCUCCGUUUGACUUUGAGCGGUUAACUCGCUUCAUGGCCUACGGUUUCAUGAUGGCUCCCGUCCAGCACAGGUGGUUCAGCUUCCUGUCCAAAGCGUUCCCUAUGAGCAAAGGCUCCGCUACUGUACCAGCGCUGAAGCGUAUGGCGUGCGACCAGUUCAUGUUUGCGCCUGUCGGUCUCGCCUGCUUCUUCACUUUCAUGACGGUCGCCGAGGGCGGCGGCAAGCGCGCUGUGGCUCGCAAAUUCCAGGAUGUCUACGUUCCUGCUUUGAAGGCGAACUACAUUGUUUGGCCUGCGGUGCAAAUCCUCAACUUCCGCGUCAUGCCCAUCCAGUUCCAGAUCCCCUUUGUCUCCACGGUCGGUAUUGCUUGGACAGCGUAUCUUUCCUUGACCAACGCUGCAGACGACGCUUAGGCGCGACAGUACGAUAACAUUAUACCCGGUCGAAGCUGCGGAGUCUUGCCUUCUUUAGGUUCCCGGGUUUGGACAACCACCUUUCCUUUAUUUGGGGUAUUCUGCACCUUCCUUCACGGUUCGCUCGGCGCAUGAUUUAUCUUGUGGUUUAGGUGCAUUGCAUGGCGUCCUGGUCCUUAUCAAGGGAAUGGAGGUCAUGUACCUUAGGUAGUGCGGCAUCGUACCGCCCCAAAUUGAAUUGACUACCCUAG